AAGAUAAAAGAUACGGCAGAACUGGUCAUAUCACAGAUCUUUGUGUGAACAUUGAAUACAAAAUUCAGCAUGAAGCGUGGAUUGUUUACCAUCCUGCUCAUCCUUGCAGUACUAGUGGUCGUAGCAGAAUCUUAUGGUAGAAGACACGGAGGAGGAGGCAGACAUAGAAGUGUUUCCCGGCAUAGGAGUUAUCAUAAAAGUGUUUCCCGUCACAGGAGUUAUCAUGGAAGAGUUUCCCGUCAUAGGAACUAUCACAAAAGAGUUUCCCAUCGGCACAGUUAUAAGAGACGUGUUUCCCAUCACAGAAAUUAUCGUCGUACACACGUUAGAAGAUAUGCAAAAAAGUCCCAUGUAAGAAAAUAUGGAGUUAAACGUUAUGGAAGGCGACAUGUUCGAAAGUACGGAAGAAAGCGUUAUGGAGGAAAACAUGUCCGAAGGUAUGGAAAAAGACAUUAUGGAGUGAGGAGGCGAAAGGUAGGAGUACACGGACACAGAUACAGACACGGUCAUAAGCGUCUUGGACAUAGACACAGAUACGGAUAUGGACACAGGAGUGUUCAUGUUCACAGACACACACGCAUACAUAAACAUGUCGUCAGUCAUCGACAUGGACAUCGACAUGGGUACAAAUAUGGACACAGGCGUGUUCAUGUUCACAGACAUUCACGCAUACAUAAACACGUCUUCAGUCAUCAUCAUACACAUCGACAUGGCUACAAAUAUGGACAUAGGCGUGUUCAUGGUCAUAAACACACACGCAUACACAAACUUCUGUUCAGUCAUCGACAUGGACAUAUACAUGGGUACAAAUUUGGACACAGGCGUGUUCAUGUUCACAGACACACACGCAUACAUAAACACGUCGUCAGUCAUCAUAAUAGACAUCGACAUGGCUACAAAUAUGGACAUAGGCGUGUUCAUGGUCAUAGACACACACACAUACACAAACUUCUCAUCAGUCAUCGACAUAGACAUGGACAUGUACACAGAUACGGACAUGGACAUGUACACCAUCACCGACGUACACACAAACAUGUACAUAGACACCGUGUUGUACAUAGGCAUGUUCACAGACAUCGCCUUGUACAUAAGCAUGUACACCAUCACCGACGUAUACAUAAUCAUAUACAUAGGCACCGUGUUGUACAUAGGCAUGUUCACAGACAUCGCCUUGUACAUAGGCAUGUACACCAUCACCGACGUAUACACAAUCAUAUACAUAGACACCGUGUUGUACAUAGGCAUGUUCACAGACAUCGCAUAGUACAUAGGCAUGUUCACAGACAUCGCAUUGUACAUAGGCAUGUUCACAGAAAUAGACACACUCAUGUCCAUGUUCACGGACACGUUCAUGGACACAGCCAUAGUCACAGUCAUGGUCAUGGUCACGCAUUCUACAAUCUAAGAGUUAGCCAUGGGAUCAUUUACUUUGGAGGAAACAGAUAUCGCCUAAGUUGUGGUCGACGUAGAUUUUUGAGCCUUUGGGAGGAGUGCAAUCAGUCUUACGGUGACAGCAAUGAGUGUUUUGAGCAGUUAGGAAGUCGUCAUCUAUAUACAAGUAUUCAAGUUCACCACAAUAAUCCAUUCUUUGAUGACCUAGACAAUAAUCUUGAACAACAUGUUCAACAGCACAAGCAGAUUGCUUACGAACAUACCAAAAAUAUUGCCCAGGCUGCAGAUAACCAUGUCGAAAACAUUGAGAAUGUAGCAAAUAGUCACGUAGGACGGGUACAGGAAGAAGCGGACAAACACAUCUAUGAUAUAAACAAGGCAUCCGGAAACCAUCUCCAGCGAAUCAAAGAGGCAGCAAAUAAACACAUCGAAAGGUUGACUAAACACGUAAAACAACAUCUUAAUAAUGCAGAGAAACAACACAAACGGCAUACCAGUGAACGUGAAUACCAACAUAAACGGCACUUGGGCGAAAAGGAAGCAGUAAACAAACAACAUGAAUAUGCAAUCAAAAGUAAAGUGGUAUAUGAUGAUGCAGAUUUUGGAGACGGUCCAGUAGUAGCUGAUCAUGGAAGUUCUAAUGCAGCAGCAGAAUUCGCAAAUAAUGGCGCCGAAGCAGCAGCGGAGUUAGCAAAUACAGGCACCGAAUAUUGAAUGAAUUACCAAGGACAUGUAUUCAGUUAGAUGCUUCUCAGACAAUAAAUGAUAUUCUAUUGAAAAAAAAACCUUACGUGUUUCUUG